AUGUAAACAUUAUCAUUUAACCUCCUUACGCAACUAAAUAAAGUACUAAAAAAUGGGUGCCUUAAAAAUUAUUUUAGGUGUCAUUCUUGCAGUCGUAGCACUUUUAAAACUCUACAUUAAGAGUAUUACUCGCAUGUGUAAAAGCCAAGUUUGUCUGGAAGGUAAAAUAGCUGUAGUGACGGGAGCCAAUACCGGAAUUGGUUACGAGACGGCCCUGGACUUCGCUAAACGAGGUGCCAAAGUAAUUUUAGCUUGCAGAAACAAAUCGAAAGCGGAAGAAGCCCGCAGAAAAAUAAUACAAGAAACGCAAAAUGAGAAAAUUUUUGUCCGAAUUGUCGACAUGGCGUCUUUUGAUUCAGUCAGAAAGUUUGCAAAAGAAAUGGAAGAAACGGAGGAUCACAUAGAUAUUUUGGUUAACAAUGCUGGUGCUUAUGCGCUUGAGAAGAAAAGAACUGUCGAUGGACAUCCUCUUCUGAUGCAAGUUAAUUACUUCUCGAGUUUUCUGUUGACUAAUCUAGUGCUAGAUUUGUUAAAGAAGUCAACCGCUGGCCGUAUUGUAAACGUGUCGUCUAUGGCUGGAAAAAGAGCGGACCAGUUUGAUAUUAACAAAAUUGACGAGUUUGCCCCGAAUAAUUCCGACUAUGCCUUUACGAAAUUGUGUAAUAUCUUGUUUACGAUUGAAUUAGCUAAGAAACUUCGUGGUACGAAAGUGACAACAUAUUCCCUCCAUCCAGGGUUCAUAGAAACAGACAUUUUUAACAAUAUUACUGGAUUAAGAAAAUUGCUUUUUAUAAUUAUAAUUAAAUUGUUUUCAAUUACGUGCGAAGAAGGUGCCCAAACCAAUAUUUAUUGUUCAGUGGCUAAAGGAAUUGAGAAAUAUAAUGGUGAACAUUUCAGCUGCUGCGAAAGGGUGGAACCUUACAAGACUGCAAGUGACCCAGAACUGCCUCAGAAACUCUGGGAGAAAACUGAAAAGCUUGUUUUCAAACACAAAAAUCCCUUUUAAGUUUGAAAAAUAUGUAUUAUUGACAUAAAUAAAUGAUUAAAUCAAA